CUCAGUGCGAGCGGGCGGGGAGUAACUUUGUUCUCAACUUGUGUGAUCGGAGAAGGGAUUGUGUCUGGAGAGGGAGAGGCCGCUGGAGAUAUCGGGGCUCCGGGAGCACCCCCGGACUGCUGCGGGUGGGGUGCGGGGUGCAUGGUGGCGCGCAGCCCCCUCGCUGGAUUAUUGUGUGGACGGGAGCGCAGCCUGCGGAGGAGCGGUGACAGGAGAUUUGACUCGGUUUCUUCAUCUUCAUUUUCGGUGUUCUUUCCUGUUUCCUGGAGUAUACAGAAUUUGAGAAAAAAAUAAAGCCUUCUGCAAGCGGAGUCUGGUAAUGGGUCUUCAUGCCGAAGCUUGAGAUGCUAAUGCCGGAGCUUGAGAUGCUAUGCACAUAUCGAAGAGAACAUCCAGAAACACAAUGCUAUAGCAGGUUUACUUCCAGAAAAGCUUGGGAUUGAUGUAAUGAUGUUGCACGAACCAUCUUUGACGGGAUACUAAGCUGCACAGAGUUGCAAAGAGAAAAUGGGUCGUCUCAGAUUCUUCAUAAAUUAGCGACAAGUCAUUAAACAUUUUAUUUUUAUUUUUUAUUAUAAAAAUAUUUUUCUAACUUGGCAGAUCUCAUGAAACCAGUGUGUUCUCUGGAGUAUUCUCUCCAGGAGAACAUUAUCCUUUCAAAGAAUAAAGAUGGACACGUUUUACUCUGGAAUUUUCUAAAGUUGAGUACUUCUUCAGAUCAUGACAAGUUUGAAAAGGUCCCAGACUGAAAGGUCCGUUGCAAGUGGGACUCAAUCAUCUGUACCAGAUGGACCACCAAAGGCUCGUUCUGAUGAUUUUUAUAUGAGACGUUUUAGGUCACAGAAUGGUAGUUUAGGUUCUUCCGCCAUGUCUCCCGUAGGACCACCACGCAGUGAGAGCUCCCACCACAUAUCCUCUACACCAGGUGUACCUAAAAUGGGUGUUAGAGCACGUAUUGCAGACUGGCCUCCGAGGAAAGAAAAUGUGAAAGAAAUUAGUAGAACUAGUCAGGAUAUUGAGACAAGCAGCAUAGAAACCAUGUCUGUUAAGAGUAGUCCUAGUAGUCAAGUUAGUACGUCUAGUAUGAAUUCUAGCGACUCUGUUAUGCUAAAAAGUAUUCAGAACACACUUAAGAAUAAAACAAGACAGGCGGAAAGUUUAGACUCAAGGUUUCUGUCUCCUGAAGGUUACUCCAGCGGUAGCUCCCCUAGGAAAGUUCACCGCAGAAUAAGGCAACGGAGCAACAGUGAUAUUACAAUAAGUGAAUUUGAUAUGGAUAAUUUUGAAGAGUGUAUGUCACCAACCUUUAAAACUGGUCCAUCACUCCACAGGGAAUAUGGCAGCACCUCCUCAAUAGACAAACAGGGAACAUCAAGUGACAGCUUCUUUGAUAUAAUAAAGGGAUAUAAAAACGAGAGAGCUGAUCAUCGUGGUCAUGGGCCAUCAAAGUUGAGUGAACUAUUACUGAGCAGUGGCAGUAGGGGCUCUGGAUUCUCUCUAGAUGUUAUAGAUGGUCAGAGAGAUGGGCAUAGGGCCUUCAAAGACAGGGACAAGCCACUAAAAAGACGUUCCAAAUCUGAAACAGGAGAUUCUUCAAUUUUCCGUAAGCUUCGAAAUGCAAAAGGGGAAGGAGAGCUUGGAAAAGCUGGGGACAUUGAGGACAGUCGCUCUGAUGACAGUAUCAAACCAUGGACAUGCCCUAAAUGUUUUGCUCAUUACGAUGUUCAGAGCGUCCUGUUCGAUUUGAAUGAAGUUGUUAUCAACCGGCAUAAUGUCAUCAAACGACGAAACACCACCACCGGAGCUUCAGCUGCCGCAGCCGCCUCUCUGUCUGCUGGACCAUUAUCGCACUCCUCCAGCUUCAAUUCUCCUACCGGCAGCACCGAAGACUUAAACUCAAAAGAGAACGUUGACCAAGGAGAUGACAAAAGCAAUGAUUUAGUAAUGAGCUGUCCAUACUUCCGUAACGAAAUGGGAGGUGAAGGGGAAAAGAAAGUCAGCUUGUCCAAAUCCAACUCUGGUUCUUUCUCCGGCUGUGAAAAUUCUUCUUUUGAGUCCACAAUGAGUUCACACUGUGCAAACGCAGGACUGGCUGUCCUUGAGGUCCCCAAGGAAAAUUUGAUUUUGCAUAUUGACAGAGCUAAAAGAUAUAUUGUUGAGCAUAUAGACCUUGGUGCAUACUAUUAUCGGAAAUAUUUCUAUCAAAAAGAGCACUGGAAUUACUUUGGAUCUGAGGAGAGUCUCGGUCCAGUGGCUGUGAGUAUCCGAAGAGAAAAAUUGGAAGAUGCGAAAGAAAAUGGACCCCAGUACAAUUAUCGGAUCAUCUUUCGAACCAGUGAGCUCAUGACGUUACGCGGAUCAGUGCUUGAAGAUGCAAUUCCGUCAACUGCGAAACACGGCACAGCGAGGGGACUGCCUCUAAAAGAGGUGCUCGAGCAUAUCAUUCCUGAGCUGAACGUGCAAGGUCUCCGACUGGCCUUCAACACUCCGAAAGUUACAGAGCAGCUCAUGAAACUGGAUGAACAAGGGCUAAGUUACCAGUUGAAAGUUGGCAUCAUGUACUGCAAAGCGGGUCAGAGCACAGAAGAAGAAAUGUACAAUAAUGAGUCGGCUGGGCCAGCCUUCGAAGAAUUCCUUCAGCUCUUGGGAGAAAGAGUGCGACUUAAAGGAUUUGAGAAGUAUAGAGCUCAGCUCGAUACUAAAACCGAUUCCACAGGUACCCACUCUCUUUACACAACCUAUAAGGAUUAUGAGAUAAUGUUUCACGUCUCUACCAUGUUGCCAUACACGCCAAACAACAAGCAGCAGCUGCUGAGGAAGCGGCACAUCGGAAACGACAUUGUGACAAUAGUGUUUCAGGAGCCUGGAGCCCAGCCGUUCAGUCCCAAGAACAUCCGCUCUCAUUUCCAGCAUGUCUUUGUGGUCGUAAGAGCUCACAAUCCGUGCACGGACUCGGUCUGUUACAGUGUUGCUGUCACACGAUCAAGAGAUGUUCCUGCUUUUGGUCCGCCAAUUCCAAAAAGUUUCACCUUCCCUAAAUCCACAGUGUUCAGGGACUUCCUCUUAGCUAAAGUAAUUAAUGCAGAGAAUGCCGCUCACAAGUCUGAGAAGUUUCGAGCUAUGGCUACUAGAACCCACCAAGAGUACCUGAAAGACUUGGCAGAAAAAAAUGUCACAAACACCUCCAUUGAUUCAUCUGGAAAGUUUCCAUUCAUCUCACUGGCCUCAAAGAAGAAAGAAAAGCUAAAGCCAUAUCCAUGGGCUGAACUGUACAGCACGGGGGCAAUCGUCUGGGCUGUCCAAGUUGAAGACUUUAGCAAUGCUUUGGAGAUUGAUUGUCUCCUGUGCAUCUCAAAUGAAGUACUGGCUCUACUUGACCAGGAAACAAAAAACGUGAUAUUAAACUGCUCAAGUCGAGAUGUUAUAGGAUGGACAUCUAACAAUACCACUGUUAAAAUUUUCUACGAGCGAGGAGAAUGUGUGUUUAUCAGAAGCUACAACAAUGAUGAGAUAAAGGAAAUUGUCAAGAGGCUGGAAAUUGUCACGAAAGGAUGCGAGUCAGUGGAAAUGACACUGAGAAGAAAUGGUUUGGGGCAGCUCGGCUUUCAUGUCAAUUACGAAGGGAUAGUUGCUGAAGUAGAGCCCUAUGGCUAUGCUUGGCAGGCUGGCUUAAGACAAGGAAGCCGUCUGGUUGAAAUCUGUAAAGUUGCCGUAGCCACAUUAAGUCAUGAGCAGAUGAUUGACCUUCUGAGAACAUCAGUGACUGUGAAAGUGGUCAUUAUCCCUCCACACGAUGAUGGCAUUCCACGCAGAAGUUGCUCGGAAACCUACCGCUUGCCGACUGUAGAGUAUAAAGUGACGGAGGGCAUCCCAUACGAGCUGAAGUUUCCUUUCCGAAACAACAACAAAUGGCAAAGAAACGCAGCCAAAGGAGAGGUCGCCCAACUGCGGCAAAUUCCUUCUCAGCUUCAGAGUCCAGUCUCGUCCAGAGUAUCUUCUGUUAAAGGAGAUGGGAAGAUGCAGACACCAGAACGCUCCGCCAACAUUCCACGGAGCAUUUCCAGUGACGGUCGUCCGCUGGAAAACAAGAGGCUGUCUCCGGCGUCAGAGAUAUAUGUCUCUGUUUCAUCUGUCGCUAUCGGACGAUCCCAGCAGUGCCGUAGUUCUCCCAGCAAUCUUUCUACCUCCAGUGAUACCGGCUCCAGUGGAGGCUCCACUCACAGGCAGAAAUCCAUGCCCGAAGGAUUUGGAGUUGGACGAAGGUCACCAGCCUCUAUUGACAGGCAGAAUACGCAGGGAGAACUGGUGGCCAGUGGAAAGUCUACACCCAACUGGCAGAGGAAUGACGACAAUGCCAACGAUCAGAUAGAGCCAACAUGUCACAUGCCUGCUGUGUCUAAGGUACAUCCGUCAUACAGAGACAGCCCUACCGGAAGACUUAUACGACAGGAUCCAGUGCUUCAUCUAUCUCCCCACAAACAGGGACAGACUGACAGCCAUUACUCCAGCCAUUCAAGCACCAAUACACUUUCCAGCAAUGCUUCCAGCGCUCACAGUGAAGAGAAGUGGUAUGACAGUGGGGAACGGCUGGAGUCGGAUCUGAACAGCUACACGUAUAUUCAAGGAACAUCCGCCGACAGCGGGAUUGACACUACUUCAUACAGCCAUGCCAAUUCUGCCGUCCCUGGGGCAUCAGCCACUUCUCCGCGCUCUGGCCCUCCCAAAGAGAAAGUGGCGCCUCUGUGGCACAGCGUCAGUGAUGUGGGGUUAAUCUCUGAUAGGACUUGUGACAGAGACACUCACGCAAUGGAUGGGAAAAGGGAAUCUCCCGUCACUAUGGAGAAUCACACUAAAGUCCCCACAGGCUCCAAGCCAUUAACAAGAGAAAACAGCGCCUACAGCCUGAGCGAUGUGGCGUCACAUACCAGCACCAUGAGCUCUCGGCACUCAGGAAGUCCUGUUGUUUUCACUAGUGCCAGAAGUUCACCCAAAGAAGAGUCUCAUUCUGCCACUUCCCCACAGCUCGCACCUUCUUUCUCCUCCUCCUCCUCCUCCUCCUCCCCUUCUGGUCCUAGGACUUUCUACCCUCGCCAGGGUGCUACCAGCAAGUACCUGAUUGGAUGGAAAAAACCUGAAGGGACUAUAAACUCUGUGGGCUUUAUGGAUUCAAGAAAAAGACACCAGAUUGAUUGUGCGGAGAUGCCACCCGCGAGGCUACGUGCAUCGAUAAGGGAUCUGCAGGCUUCUCCAAAGAGGGUUUCCACUGUUCAAGAGGAUCUUAAGAAGUUUAUUGAUAUGGAAGAAUCAUCUACCCGAUCAGAGAAACCUUUAAAGUCAUCUUUCUCUACAACGUCAAGCAAAAGAUCCUUGCACAGGACACUUUCUGAUGAGAGCAUCUACAGCAGUCAGCGCGAGAUGGUGUUCAUCAAUGCUCGAGCUUCACUCCUGGACCAAGCUCUUCCCAACGAUGUCCUCUUCAGCAGCACAUACCCCUCUCUGAAUAAGUCACUGCAAAUGCGCAGACCAUCAUACACUAUGGGUAUGAAGUCCAUACAUGGAGAGUUUUCUGCCUCAGACACCUCCCUCACAGACAUUCAUGAUCAGAGAAGACAGGCCAUGCCUGACCCAGGACUUAUGCCCCUUCCAGAUGCUGCUUCUGAUAUAGAGUGGUCAAAUUUAGUAGAUGCUGCCAAGGCCUUUGAGGAUCAGAGGGCUUCCUUCUUUUCCUCCCCAGAUGAGGAGCAUAGACCUGGGAGCUCAGCCUCAAUGGGUGAGCAGUUGGAGGGCCAGGCUUCCUCUCAGGCCAGCACUUAUUUUGGGAAAGACUCUCCCACCUCACUGGCUUUGAAGGUUGAACAGCUGGAAAGCAUGCUGAAGAUGCUGCAGUAUGACUUGAAAAAGGAAAAGGAAGAUAAAGCAAAUCUUCAAGCUGAAGUGCAGCUCUUACGAGAGGACAACCUACGCUUGCAGGAAGAAUCACAGAAUGCAACUGCAAAGUUGAAGAAGUUCACAGAAUGGGUGUUCAACACUAUAGACAUGAGCUAAUAACGGACGAUACAGACUUGUACAGAGCCGAACACUCCUUGUGUCCAGUCGAGUGUGUCCCGUAGACCUUUAGCUUUAACUGCACCUGGAUCCAAGUGUACAUAGAAAGAAGCCGCAGCGUUUCACAUCUCUCUACUUUUAGACCUGCCUGCAUGUGUCCAGCAAAGUGUCACUUCUACACACUGCCUAUGUUCUGAGAGUUACACAGAAUAUGAAAUCUAUUAGCUGAAAUGUGAAUAUUUGAGAAGUAAAUCUUGUACAGUUUUGAACGCAAAAACAAAUGCCAAACCUGGUCGCUUUUUGGGCAAUAAUCCCCGAGCAAAAAAAAAUAAAAUGACUAUUCCUUUGGCUCUGAAUGGGUUGUAUCACUUGAAAUAAAUUUUCUUGUGCAAAUCCGCAUAAGAAAGCAAAUUAAGCCAUCUAAUAAGAAGAAGAAACAUCGCCGCUGACGCGCUGUGUAUGUUUUCCAUUGAGCAAUGGAAUUUUGGUUGUGUUUUUAUUGUAGUACGGUGUUUACCACAGUCUUUUCAUUUUCCUUUUUUACCCCACUAGUGUAGAUAGUUACUUGUACCUCAACUUUCAAUUUGUAAAAUAGCAAUAACCUCCAAUCCACUGAUAAAUUAUAGGUACAGGGAGAUUACGCAUUCGUUUUUUUGGCUGUCGCAUAAACAUGGAAAAGACCUUCUGCCAUCAUGCAUUCAAUAGAAUUCUAUUUUGCAUUUCUUAACUAUAGUAGCCUGUACUAAUAAUCUGUUAAACUGUACAGGACCAUGGAUUGUCUGUCCCUGGUGGACCUUUUUCGUAUUGAGCCCUGCGUCGUAUUCAGAAACUUCAUUAUUUUUUAUUUUUUUUGUUAAUUGAACACUAACGUUUGCUUCUUUUAUCGUUUUCUAGAAGCACAUAUCACAGCGAACAAUUUCAAAUUCAAUAUUCUUCGUAGUGACCUUGUCUGAACAGUCCCCUCUGCCUGUAAAAUUGCUGUACAAAUAUUGUACAGUCAUAAUUUGGGCUAUUUAUUUCAGCAAUAUAGAGGAUAAAGCUACAGCGUUCAGUCACCUGCACUUUUAUGUUCCACUAUACAUGGAAAUCUACAUGGCAUCAAAAUGGACAGUUGAAAAUUUACCUAUAACAUGAAUUUUUAAACCAAACCCUAUAUUUGCUACCAGAUUCUAUCUAGGCAGAGAGAUUUAUAUUUUGUAAGAAAAUGUAAUUUGUUCUCUGAAAAUAUUGUUUGCAAUGCUUUUUAUUAGUAAUGUUUGUGACACUUUUGUUUUUUUGCAAUGUUUAAAAAAAAAAAAAGUGCUUUUUGCUUUUUUUUUUUUGGUCUUGUUUUUAAUUGCUUAAAACGAUGUGUACAGAAAUACUUUAUUCACUCACAUGGCAAAAAGCUUACAGUUCAGUUAUUCACCCUGCCAGAGUCGUUUGGUAAGUUGUUAUCAUGGAGAUCAAAAAGUGUUUGAGUGUCUUUUUUUUAAUGACUGUAUGAAGGAGAUUUAUAUAAUAAUGCCUGGUAUCACUUGUACAUUGAAUUAUAAUUUUUUUUUUUUCCCCGCAAGCCUCUCUCAACCGUUCUGAAAUCUUUGAUUUCUCCUCUUCAAAAAGGGAGGUGCUUGAGGAAGGCUAUUUAUUAGAAAUUUGCAACAAAGUUAUUGUAUCUGAGGUUGCAGAGAAACUUGUAAAAUCCUGAAAAUAAACUGGUUUUAAAAGUUU